GAUGCUCUGGAAACUUGCCUUAUCUGUUUUUCUGGUGGUGACCUUGGUUAAAGUAACAGAUACCAGGAAAAACCGUCCUGCAGGAGCAAUUCCAUCUCCCUACAAAGACAGCACAAGCAACAACUCAGAGAGGAGGCAGCAUCUGAACAAAGAAGUACUGGCCUCCAGCCAGGAGGCCCUGGUGGUCACUGAGAGGAAGUACCUUAAAAGUGACUGGUGCAAAACCCAACCCCUGCGGCAGACUGUCAGCGAGGAGGGCUGCAUAAGCCGCACCAUCAUCAACCGUUUCUGCUAUGGCCAGUGCAACUCCUUCUAUAUCCCCCGGCAUGUGAAAAAGGAUGAGGAAUCCUUCCAGUCCUGUGCUUUCUGCAAGCCUCAGAAAGUCACCUCCUUCACUGUGGAGCUGGAGUGCCCUGAGCUGGAUCCACCUUUCCGACUCAAGAAAAUCCAGAAAGUCAAGCAGUGCAGGUGUAUGUCUGUGAACCUCAGCAACUCGGACAAACAGUGAAAGCAAGUAUCUGGCUACUGCUUGGCAUCACCCCCAUCGGAUUUGCUGCUGUCUCUCCUCUUCCCUGAGCAGACUCAUUGUCUGGUUUUCUUCCUUCAGGAUGCAUCUCUCUAGCAGGGAAGGCUCACUUGUCAUUUGCCUACUGGAAAUAAAGCUUGUUCUGGGCUAUGUUAGGCACCUUGCCAUAAAACCUCAACAUAUUUCCAAUAUAAUCCUCUUAAAAUUGAAUCUUUAAGGGUGGAGCAGGACCCUCCGAAUUUGGGAUCGAUUAUCUAGGUGACCGAUGGCUGAAUCCAGCAUUAACCUUUCCACUAUGUGGGAAAAACCCUCUGCCCUACACUCCAGUCCUUUCUGGGGGAAGAAAAUGUGUCUCGCUACCUUUGCCGUCUCACUCAGUGUUCAGUCUGGAGCUUUUCACCUUCAUAUUUAAGCGCUUGGUGCUGCCAGCUGCAGCUGUGAGGUGCAGCUAUGGGAUACAGUGGAGUACUAAAGGAAAUGAGAGGCCGCGAGCCUCAUGAGAGAACUCUAACUGUAGGAUGAUGGAGCGCAGAGCCAUUCUGUGUCUGAGAUGGAGAUGAGCAUGGGGAGAGGGAAUGUUAGGUUGGCCACAACUCUCUCAGCAGCCACCGCUUUUCCAUCAGCAGACUGAAGAUGGAUUCUUGUGCUGUUGCAAUUUGACUAUAUCAAACACAGUCUCUACAGCAAUGUUUAUUUUGUAACCUAGCUAUAGUAAAGUUGUUUAAAAUAUUAUUAGACCUAGCCAUGUAUAUUUUUCUUCUGGCAGAAUAUUCCGAAGAUUAGAUUAAAGUGUCUUGAGCAAAUAGAUUUGAUUCAAGUCAGGUGACUGACCUAGCAAACUGACAGGUUUUGAAUGGGCUUUCAGUAGAUUCUGCCUUAGUAUGUUCCAAAACCCAUCCAGUUAUUACUGUGUAUUUAUACCUAUGUGGGGUAGGGUGGGGGGGAGGGUAUUAAAACACUUGUGGGAGCAGUAUUCCACUUAAGUUAUUAAAGCAUUGUAGCACAAAGGACAGAUUGCAGUCGUUGUUGCUUUGAAUACAAAAGCUGCCUUACGUAUCAGUUUCUUCAGGUGUCGGGAGUGGCGUCUUCCACACAGUGAAUGGGAAUCAAGUGACCUUUGUCAUGUUGAAGGAAGAGCAGGCUAGCAAAUGCUUGUAGAAUGGGGUCACAGCUACAGAAAUGAGGAAGGGUUCUGUCCCCUCCUUUACAAAGUGAGAGGGAAUAAGCUGUUGUAACUACUGCAGCAGUGUUGCCCCAUUACAUUUUUGAUAUAGGGGUAUAAUGAAUCCAUGUCGAUGGAUAUUUUAAAGUCAUACUAAGUUACUCACUCACCAAAGUUUAGCAUGUUUGUAUAUUCAGUAUGUUCCAGUUCAGAUGUCUAAGACUAGUGGCUGUAAUGUCUUCUCUUUAAACACAGUAAGUUAAUCAAAGAGCACACCAACUAAUACAAGAGACUAAUGUGUGACCUUAUUGCAUGUCUUAUAGCUUAGCAUCUGCAAUACUUCUGGGCUAAUGAAACCAGCCUGUGGAGCACUUCUCUGGCAAUGUCUUCAGGAAUGACCAAUCCCAAGGGUUAAAAGUGUUACAAACUGUUGCCAGCUAUGAGUUCAAUGGCACAGUUCACUAUUAUGCGAGGCAGGCUGCUUUAAGAGGCUUUUGGUACUGAUCUCUGCUAGAGCUCACCAAUCGGUUUACGGGGAUUGGCACGGGGAGGGUGGGAUCGGGUAGGUAUGUUACCCUGUUACAGCUACAUUGCAUGUAUUUUCUGCCUUGUUGUUACACAAUGUCAGAGCUGCCAAGGGAAACUCCUAGUCCAGGGCUCGCUUUAGAGGCUGUUACUGCUACGCUGUCAGCCGUAUGAAUGGGCACUGCUGAAUCCAGGUUAUUGGGAGUUUUUUGAUAGUACAGAGGGAGUUUGAAAUGCCUGCAACCCAUUUGGGUUCUAGGAUUAUGAAUGUGUCCUUGAAGGAAGA